UUCUGCUGGCUCAGGCCUCGCCCUGACCCAAAAUGGCAGCGUCCAAACUUGAACUUCAUUGGUGCUGUAGCAGCAAGGUUGCCCUGGGUGGCGAGAGCCAACAAACCGAACAAAGAAAACUGCAACUUCAGGUGAAAAAUCGUUUAUAAAAAGCGCGUACGGAUUUGGUAACGCAAUUAGUAGAUCUGAUCUGAUCUGAUCAAGAUGAAGAUGGCCUGCCACAAGAUGUCCUUCUAUACGAUGCUGCUGCCACUGCUGCUCAUUCUGCUGGAUGUGCACUUGGAGGCCUCCAAGAUAGCCUACAAGAAGCCGCUCUACGGCAAGGGCAACUACAUUAAGGACAAGCGCAUGAGGAGCAAGCCAGUGACAAUAAUCCCUGCCACAACCGCAACCCCAACCACUGAGGCAGCUUGGCCAGCUGCCGUGGAGUUCAUUAUUGUGACCACAGCGCGGCCAGAGUUCAACAAUAAUACGACAGAAGCUAGCCCCAGUCACAUCGCCAACGGCAGCACCACGGAAGCCUUUAGCACCAGCAGCCAAGCAACAGCGCCCGAAACUCCAGCCACAACAACGACAGCGACGACGACAGCAGCCAACAGCUUGGACAAUACAUUGCCAUUGCCACCGACGCCAGCACCGGCAGCAGCAGCAGCUGCAGCUACCAACCUGGACAACCACCCAGUGCCGUGCACCUGCGGCGUGUUCCUCUCCUCGCAGAUGCAGCACGGACUGCAGGAGGCGCCGCUAAUCCAUCAGGAGCUGGAUCGCAUGUUCGCGUGCAAUGCGAUUGGCCGGAAGCAGUGCCAAACCAAAUGCCUGGAAGCGAUCGUCCAGCACCUGCCCAACUCGGCGAACAUUGUGUGCUCUGCGCUCGGCCAUGACUGCCACAAGGAGCGGGCCUACUUGUUCAUCAAGAACUGCCACAAUCAGUGGGUUAACACCAAUCUGCAGGCGGGCAGGGAGUACUGCUGCAAGGCAGGCGUGCCCUAUCGGUGUCCAUUGUUGGGCUAAUUGCUUUGAUUCCCCCCCCAUCUGUUGUGGGCUCAAUAAAUGCUUUGAUAUAUUAGAAAGUAUCUGGCU